UCCCGCCAAAAGAGGCCCCUUUUUCAUCGUUCUCCCCCUCUCCGCAGUGUAAUCACGCGGCUUGGACAGGGACGCCACGGGGAGGUCUGCGAGGAAAGCUAAGCUCUCCGGCGAGGUAGCCCACAUGGAGGUUUCCCACCACCGCGCCACUCACGGCGUCCGUACUCGCGCCCAGACCCUAGCUGCCGCCACGGCGGACUCAUCAUUGGCUUACCUCGAGCUCCGGAGCCGCCGCCUCGCUAAGCCGUCUCUUCUAUCCGUUGACCCAUGCGAGGGUUCCACUAAAUCGCAUCAUUCUGGACCUACUAGCUGGGAGCGAGCUACCCGAAAUCCGAGGAAGGGUUCGGAGCCGGUCAUCGCCUUCGACAAGGACGAGGAAGUAGGAGAGACAACAGUGGUAGAAGUCGACCAUUUUGAUGUUGAAGCUACGGAAAGGCAUAUCAGAGAGACAAUUCCUCGCGGUUCAAUUAGGAAACCAGACAUGAUAACAACUCCUGGUUCUACAACCAGACCUACCACUUCAUCUGUCAACAAUCAAAGACGGCAUAAGAUAAGUCAACACAUCCCUACUCAGCAGGACUUGGAAGAGUUCUUUGGUAACACAGAGCAAUAUCACCACCAAAAUCUUCAAGAAAAGUACAAUUUUGACUUUGCUAACGAGAACCCGCUCCAGGGUCGGUAUGAGUGGGUCAAACCUGACUUCUUCUAGUUAUUGGUUCUUCUUCAGUACUGCUUGCUGCUUUUCCAGGAGCUCAGAUUAUGUAUGGUUCGAUGAUGUUCUAUUUGCAGUCUUUUUCCCUGAUCAAAUAAUUGAAGUAUGCUAGUUAACUCUGAUGGUAUGCAUCUUAUAGAGCUGGUGAAACAUUACUGGAAACGUGUUCACAAAAUCUAGUGUCGAACGUAUGGUGGUCAAGCUUUCGUUAAUAUAUAUGGUUGUAUCUCAGUUAAUUAACCCCUUUUUUGCUA